CCUGCAGCAAUGCAAGAUGAUGCAGGGGGGGCAGUAAUCCUAAGGUUAACCCACUCCAGAGUGCUCUGUGCCAGGCAGCCCUGAUGGAUGUGCUGACUGGGUGAUGUCAUCAGUCCAACUCUGCUGCCUGACCCGUCACUACCACUAUUGUUCUGCUGUCUGUGUUAAGGCUCCAUUUAUAUUCAGCAUCAUCUGAGAUUCUUUCUCUCUAUCUCUCUAGUUAUCUCUCCUCUCACUCUUGUUUUCUCUCUCCCUUGAGAUGCCGUCUCUUUUCCUCUCAAUUUAUGUCAAACUGUUGAAUGAAGACCUCAUGAGACAUCAGUGUUUUUAGGCAGCAAGGCAGGCAGCCAGGCUUGCAGGCUGGUAAAGUAAGGAGAGUUCCAUAGAUCUACAGUGAAAUUCCUUGAUCGUCAUCCCUUAAAUCCAUUUCAGCUGUGGCUGCGGUCUCCUAAGACUUUAAUGCUUAAGAUAAUCAUACACUCCAGUGCCUGACAGCCAAACUGAUACAGUGUGAGAGGAUAAAUCUGUAUUCCUCUCUUGUCUUAACUUGCAGGGUACAUCAUUUGCUUGAGAAGAGCCAAAGUGUGUUCUUAGUGGAAAAUCUAUGUAGUACAGAGAUGAGUGGCCUUAAAAGUUCAAGUGAGUUGGUGUUAUUGGCAUGGUAUGGGUUGGACAGCCCAAACUUGUGAACCGUGAUGGGUGCGUGGGCCGUGGAUGGAUUUCAUGUCUGUGGCGGAUCGGACUAGGAGCCCCAGGUGAGUGGGGCAGCCAGGCUGCUCGAUGGGGCUGAAGAAUACAGUGUCCUGGUUCAAAAGGAUAUAUAGGCAGGGGAUGCUUGCCACUCUCCAGACUGGCUCCCGGUGAGGGCAUGAAGAGCUGCUUGAGAGGAGGCAAGAGAGCCAGGCUGUUACAUCUCAUACAGGGUAACACAGGCAAUAGAUUGGACAUUGAUCCAUUGUGUGGUUUGGUCAGAAUUGCAGAGUGCACUGUAGCCCCAGUAGCAAUGGAGGACAGUGACCAUGAGGCUCACUCAUCAUCAGAUGACCUGGACUCCGCCCCGCCAUCCCCUGGCCACACCAGGGACCACCACCAUGAGCCCGAACAGCACUCAAGCCAUUCCAUGGAUGAUUCUGAAGACUCUGAGUUGGAGAACAUCAUGCAACAAGACCCCCACCACAGCGGGGACCACCCUCACCCGCCUCUGGGCGGCUAUGAGCACAGCCCCGACCAUGAGCACUCCCACCCGGUGGACAGGGAGGUGGAGGGUGGCGACACACCCGGGACACCCACCUUUUUGCGGCCCCCCACGGCGGGUGGCAGAGCCCAGUCAGACAACCAGGGCGUAGGGAGGCUGCAGUUGGGUGAAUGUGGGAUGGUGGAUCACUAUGACAUGCAGUCUCCCCUCAGUCCCACCAGGCCCAAGAGCCCCUGGGGUCGCUUUGACCCCUACGACUUUCCAGAGGACCAAGACAAGGACUAUGUGGGCUUUGCCACACUGCCAAACCAGGUGCACCGUAAGUCUGUUAAGAAGGGCUUUGACUUCACCCUGAUGGUAGCAGGGGAGUCUGGUCUGGGCAAGUCCACCCUGGUCAACAGCCUCUUCCUCACAGACCUCUACAAGGACAGGAAGCUACUCAACGCUGAGGAGCGGAUCACUCAGACAGUGGAGAUCACUAAACACACAGUGGACAUUGAGGAGAAGGGCGUAAAGCUGAAGCUCACCAUUGUAGACACCCCUGGCUUUGGAGACGCUGUCAAUAACACUGAAUGCUGGAAGUCAGUGGCGGACUACAUCGACCAGCAGUUUGAGCAGUACUUCAGGGACGAGAGUGGACUGAACAGGAAGAACAUCCAAGAUAACAGAGUCCACUGCUGCCUCUACUUCAUCUCUCCCUUCGGACACGGUCUGAGGCCUCUGGAUGUGGAGUUUAUGAAGGCCCUUCAUGAGAAGGUCAACAUUGUGCCAAUCCUGGCCAAGGCAGAUACACUCACACCCACCGAGGUCAAGAAAAAGAAAUUCAAGAUCCGAGAGGAGAUCCAGCAGUAUGGGAUUAAGAUCUACCAGUUCCCAGACUGUGACUCUGAUGAGGAUGAGGACUUCAAACAGCAGGAUCAGGAGCUCAAGGACAGUAUACCGUUUGCGGUGAUCGGCAGCAACACGGUGGUGGAGGCCAAAGGGAAGAGGGUCCGUGGUCGUCUGUAUCCCUGGGGCAUCGUGGAAGUGGAGAACUCGGCGCACUGUGACUUUGUGAAGCUGAGGAACAUGUUGGUGAGGACACACAUGCAGGACCUGAAGGAUGUGACACGGGAGACCCACUAUGAGAACUACAGGGCUCACUGCAUCCAGAGCAUGACCCGCAUGGUGGUGAAGGAACGCAACCGCAAUAAACUGACCAGGGAGAGCGGCACAGACUUCCCCAUCCCUGUGAUACCAAGUACCACAGACACAGAGACGGAGAAGCUAAUCCGAGAGAAAGACGAAGAGUUGCGGCGAAUGCAAGAGAUGCUCACAAAGAUCCAGGAACAGAUGCACACGCAGAAGGAGGCCUAUUAACCAAGGCUACUACUAGAACCUCUUAACCUCUGUAAAUAUAGGCCCCUUUCCACUACUAGGGUGGGCACCACUAGUACCACUCUACUCUAGUCCACAAACCAUUGUCUAGUCCAGCUCAUCCAACCUCAACAGCCACCACUCUUCAUUUCGUCAAUAACCCUCACUAUCAGAGACUGAUCCAAGACCAGGCAUGAGGCAUUCAGACAGGAGGUAGCAUGGUGAGAAGUUUCUUCUUCCAACAACAUGGAAGCCUUGCGUCUCCACACAUGUUGUGGAAACUCUAACGGUAACAACGGGCACCCCUGUCCGGUGCCAUUGCUAGAGCACAACACCGGUCCGGACAGCACAGACCUAACCACCUGUUUGUCCUUACAAGGUUACGGCCGGGUCCUGCCUGCCUGCCUUCCACCCAUAGUUUAUAUGUGGUCUUGUCAAAAGAUAACUUUUUGCCUUCCAGUUUUGUCGCUAAUGUUCCUUGAUGUUUCUCCUUAGUGAACUCUAACCCCUGACAUUGGUUAAGGGGUAGACUGUAGAGCAUGUGUUGUCCUGUAUACUGAUAUAAUGUAAAUCUUUUUUUUUUUACUACAAUUACAUGAUUGCAUCUAUCACUUGUAAUUAUUUUAUUUGCAUUGCUACACAGAAUAGCAAGAAAUUCCUUGUUGUGGAAUGAAUGACAAAUGUUACUGAAGUACUGUUGUGUGUUUUUGGACAAAUGUAUGUUAAUAGGGCUAAUUCGUUUCCUUCACUUUUCCAGUUCCAGCAUUCUCAAACCUGGGUUGUUCGUUCUUGUAUUUAACUGAAAAAGGAAACCCACUACUUACAGUUCUGAUAUCUGUAAUGAUAGAUUAAGUUUUCUGGAAUAUUGUUGACUUGCAGCUCUCCAGGGUCGUGUUAACUUUUCGCAGUGAAAACCAAUGUGUGUUCUUAGACCGGGAUUCAAUCCGAUUAUAGACAUUGUGACUUUAAGGCAAUUUCAGAUUGAGCUGACAUGCACAUUUACGUGAUAGGAUCUCCGCAAAUGUGGGGAACAUUUCCUUUUUAAAACCCGAGAUCGGACUGAAUCACGGCCCGAAUGGACACGUUCAGGCAGUAACUCCCCGUAGAAUAUUUUUUUACUGAACAUUACCCAAAAGGAGAAAAGAGCAGGCUUGAGCUAAUUGUGGCAGCCAAGAGACGCUGGCCUGGCGACCAAGCAGACAGGACAAGGCCCUUAUUCUGCCGGAUGUCAGGGGUUAGAGAAUGACCGGAUCGCCUCGUAUGUUAUAGAAGUGUCUGACAUAGCAAGCCUUCAUUCAUGGGUUGAUUCAUUGAUAUACUCCUUAGACUUGAUGUUGAUUGUGGACAGUAAGUAUGCACCUACUCUUUUGAAGUACAUUAAGUAGAUAUGUUUGAGUGGAUGGUUUUAUUAUAGUAGUUAUAUUAUGCAGUCAAAGCAAGAAAUUAUGUAAUUAUCAUUUAGGUAUUUUCCACUCCCACGUUUCCCCACAAGAAUUUUGGCUUUAAACAAUUUUUGUUAUAAGAUGAAUAGUUGUGUAUUUAUUUUCCUCAGGUGCAAAUAUGAGGUCAUUCACAAGGAACAAGUCAUGAGAUAAAGAUACAUAUGUUUUGGAUUGUAUAAAUAUGCCAGAACAAUUAAGAAUAUUUCAAUGAGAAUAAAAUAUUUCAGAUUUGUA